AGACUUUGCUGGAUGUGGAUGAGCAGAAUUCACAGGAACUUAAUAAAAAGGGUUUUUUUUGUCGGGACCACAGAACACCAUUGAAAUCAACUAAUGUAUAGCCAUAGGAGACAUACUUAUGUUUUAAUUUUGUUGGUUUUCUUUUGCCCUCCCCCUUCCCCAAACCUCCUACAGAUGCAUUUCUUUUUCUCAGAUAAAGUGAUUCUCCUGUUUGACUUCUGGGAUGUCCACAGCGCAGGAGGAAUGGUGCUCUCCGUCUUCAUCAUCAUGCUACUCACCGUGUUAUACGAAGGCCUCAAAGUUGGCAAGGCAAAACUGAUCCAUCACUCGCAGAUGGCCGUGGUCCCUAGCAUCAGCCAGGAAAACCUGAGAGAAGGCAUCUCCGUGAACUCAGAUAUGGGGACGGCCAGCACUUCCCUAAAGAAGCGUCUUUCAUGGCACCUAGCGGAGACCUUACUCCAUGUGGUCCAGGUGUUUUUGGGUUACCUGUUGAUGCUGGCCGUCAUGACUUACAACACGUGGAUUUUCCUGGGAGUGAUUGUGGGCUCAGCCAUCGGAUACUUCGUGGCGUAUCCGCUACUAUGCCUCAGAUAGCAACGCGGAAGCCUCUUCCAGAGACAGCUCAAAACUGAAAAUCAUACCGAUUCUGCAACUGGAAUGGAUUCUAUUGGGAUCUCUCUGCAGGAGAGAUCUGAAAUUCUCUUUGGGCUUCGUUUUAUCUCUUGUCUUGACCGACACUUCUAAUCUUCUAAAAUAGCCAUUGUGCUUUCAAUUCCAAAUAUUUUUUUCCUAAGUGCCUUAACACGGACUUUUCUCGCGUCCAGAAAGUUAACUUCAAGGAGUGUCCAUCUACUCCCAUCUAGAGGUAAAGGGAACAACAUGGCUGUCCUUAAGGUUGCCUUCAAACCAUAGAGCAUUGAUCAGCAACCUGCGGCUCCGGAGCCACAUGUGGGCUCUUUCAUCCCUCUGCUGCGGCUCCCUGUCGCCGGUCGGUUC